CUCUCUCUAAAAAUACGAAAACUAGAAUGCAACACGAACACGAAGCAUCGCAAACUCUGUCUCUUUCUCUCUCUAGGGUUUGACAAAAAUCCGUCCGGCUUCUGUGGUGCCUGCCAGCUCCCAUAUUAUUCUUCUUCUUCAACCUUUUUCCUCAAAUUUCCAGUUUCCGGAGAGAUAGUUUCUCUCCGGGGAACUUUUCUCCUGCAGUUUCUCCGUUUCCAGGGGUUUUAUUGCGUAUGUUGUGAUUGAGGAUUGGGGAUAAUACGUAGAUUUGUUUGAAUAUUAUUUGAGUACAGGAUUUUAAUGGGUUAAAUAAUUACCUUUUUGUGUUUUAUUUUUUAAAAUCUUUCUGGGGCAUUAAUUGUGGAUUUAAGGUUAGAGGGUUUGAUUGGUUGCGUAUCAGUGUAUGGAUUCUGAGAAUAUGUCCCCGUCGACUAGCCUGGAAAAAUGCUGCGACUGCGAGUGCAGCUUUUCCCCUAUGAACAGGCAGUUUUCAGGGGAAAGGCUUCGUUCUGUGAAGCGAAAGUACGAUGAGUGCGAUGAUGCCACACUUAAGGUUAUCUUACCUCAGACGGCCCGGAUUGAGGUACAAGAUGAAUGUUCUGCACUUCGCGAAAUGGUCAGCAAUCAGCAGCAGACCAUUCAGGGUUUAAGUAUUGAGUUGGAUGAGGAGAGGAAUGCAGCCUCUUCGGCGGCCAAUGAGGCUAUGUCAAUGAUCUUGAGGCUGCAAAGAGAGAAGGCGGAGGUUCAGAUGGAAUUUAGACAAUUUAAGAGAUUUACGGAGGAGAAAGUGGCUUAUGACCAGCAGGAGCUAGCUUCUUUGGAGAACCUAUUGUAUACGAGGGACCAAGUAAUUCAGUCAUUGGAAUGUCAGGUGAGAAUGUAUAAACACAGAAUAAUGAGUUAUGGGUUCACCGAGGCUGAGGUUGAGGCUGAAGCAAGGGGUGGUCAUUUGAGUUGGAAUGAUGGUGCAGCUGAGGUUUCCGAUGAUUACCCCCUAAUAAAAUGCUUCGAUGAGAAGCUAGUUAACUAUGGCCUCAAUAAUGAGGGUUAUGAGGCUGUGGAUGUUGAGGAACAUGUGUUUGGGGAGACCCCUCGGUCACAACAUCAAUGUCAAGAUCUGGAGUGUAGGAUCGUCCAGUUGGAUAAGAGUCCCGAGAUCAGUCAUCCUGAUGGGGAGUUUAACGAGAACAAUGUGCUUGAUAAGGUCGCAAUUGAUCAAUCUCCAAGGAGGCCUAGGCAUUUGAGGAAAAUCUCAACUAAUAGUUCUGGUACUUACAUUGCAACAAAUAAAGAUAUGGAUGAUGAAUUUGUGGCUCAAUCUCCAAUGUUUGGUGGAAAUUCAAGGAAGAUAGGUGUUUCAGAGGCACAUGGGUGUGGUGUUUCAGAGGCACACGGGUGUUCAAACUUGAGGAAGGUGAAUACUUCAACUGAAGUUGAAGAUGACAAUGACACGGGUGACAGAGUUUACACAAUUGAUUCCAUUCAUCAAGGGGCAGGAUAUAAUGGUGUAACUAAUCCCAAAACACCUGUCAAAAUAGGUGAUUAUUAUACCACAACUCCAAGGUAUUCAUUGAACUAUACAGAUAUGGAAGAUUCUGAUAUGGAGAAGCUGUAUGCGAGGAUUCAAGCACUUGAGGCUGAUAAGGAGUCAAUGAGGCAGACAAUUAUGUCAAUGCGGACUGAGAAAGCACAGCUGGAAUUGCUGAAGGAGAUCGCCCAACACUUGUACAAAGACAUGUCACCAGCAAGGAGUGCACCUGUGAGGAAGACCUCUACCAAUGGGAGAUUUUCAUUCUUCUCAUUAUUCAAGUGGAUCAUACCCUUUGCCUUCUGGAGGAAGAGAACGCGUCGAUGCAAGUAUGCGUUUGGAAUAUCAGGCAACAAUCCAGGCUUGCUAUUGCUUUUAGACAAGGGACCUCGUGUAGGGCAAUGGAGAUGCCUUACAAGCACACAGGUCUGACGCCAGUUUCUAUAUCAAUGUCUGAGACUUGUAAUCAUGAGUGUGUGUGUGUAUGUAGAGUGGAUUUUAGUGAAGGCAUGGUGGUUGUAGGUAUUACAUUCUUUUAUUCGGGAUUCCACGCUCUGGAAAUUUAGGGUCGUUUUUUUUGCUUGCUUUUAGCCAGGCUUGAGUUCUGAUAGUUUCAUUUACUGUACAUGGAAAGAUUUGUUAGUGAUUCAAGUGUGAUAUAAGUGGCAUUGUUAGCAGUAUUGUACAAUGUACAUAACAAUUUGUUUUAGUUGGUGAUAUGCUGAGCUUAUGAUAUGAUUAUGUCGUGAAGUUGAACUUUAAA